AUGUCGAGUGGAGUGCUGUUGAGGAGGGCUUCCGCCUCCUCGAAAGGGAUCUUGGAAAACUUCAGGUACUUCAAUGCCUAUAUGACUGUUAUGUGUAACCUGAACCAACUCCUUUCAGCAAUUUAUAGAAAUGAACGCAACAGGAUUCAGGAAGAUUUUGAAGAAAUGGGAUAAGAGGUCGCGGUCAACAACGAAGGAGCUCUACCUCGCCAGGCAGGUUGAGGUCCAACCAGUCUUUAAUCGGCAGCUCAUAUCAGAGCUGUCUGAUACUGUAGCGUCCUGCCUCCUGGAUAUCACGGACCUAUCUGCUAGCUUGAAGGUUGAAGGUCCGGCUGCCUAUGAUUUCGUGAGCUUCAUCGAGAAAAAUAUGUACGCAGGACCGUUCCGCGAUUUUGAGCAUGAUUUGCGAAAAGCCGUGGAGAACUCGGAUAAAGCCUCUAUCAAGGAUCUUGUUCACCACUCGGAUCUUCUUGGUACACAGAAUGGAUGCAGAAUCAAUGUCACCCGCAUGCUGUGGAGGGUUAUCGUCGAUGCGCCACCUGAGUUAGCGGAUUUAGUACUCGCCAGCAUCACAGUCCCGUUCGACUUCGACUUCGUUGACGAUAUCAAUGGGCGAACAUGCAUCCACGAAGCAGCUGCCGCGGGAGCUCUUCGCCUCGUCAAUAUGUGUUUGGAGAAGUCAUCACAGCCAAAGAAGCUUGACGUUUAUGGUCGGUCUGCCAUGCAUUAUGCGGCGAUGCAUGGGUACGCGCAUGUCUGCAAGCGGCUUUUGGAAGCUUCCUUACCUCCACACGUUCUCGAUGUGGACAAUUGCAGCCCUCUGGUCUAUGCCACUUUGCAGGGAAGUCCGGAAUGUGUACAAGUGCUGUUGUGCGACCAGUGCAUCUCCCCAUCAUUCACUGCGCCGAACGACAAUCUAAAUCCUCUUGCUUUGGCUAGUCAGCAUGGUCAUUUAGAAAUUGUAUCUCUUCUUCUGAAAAGAGGGGCACGUUGCAUGCCAAAUAGCAAUGGCGAGUACCCUAUACAUCUUGCCGCACGGGACGGUCAUGCCGAGGUUGUCAGGCUUCUUCUGGGCCAUGGAGGUUGGGAUACUCCAGACAAGUACCACGAGUGGACGCCUCUCUUUCACGCCGCGCGCCAAGGUCGCGCAUCUUGCCUUCGAACUCUCUUGGAGGCUGGUGUUCGGAUGGACUUGACUGAUGAAGUAGGACAUCAGGCGGUUCAUUAUGCGGCCUGGUAUGGGCAUCGAGAGUCUGUAGAAAUCCUUAUCGAAGCUGCAGCGAAGGUACCCCACGCCACAGAAAUCGCUAGUCUUGGCCCCAAGUCUCCACUGAAUAACACAGAAAUGCAAGUGGAUUCCGAGUUUGAUCAGAUCCCUUCGUUGUCACUUCCCCCUCCGAUCAUGCCGCAUCGCGUAUACGGGCAUAAUUAUUUGGACAAGAACUAUCUCGUCGAAGUUACCGUCAACAAUAACCUUUUCCGAGGCGCGGGUGUAGCACUCCAUCCCCGCCUGACCAGCUCUAUUAUUGCGCCCAAUUUGUCACUUCCAUCUUCAAAACCCCUGAAAAUGGUAAUCACCGCUGGUCCUGGCGUCAAUGCUGCUCCGUAUAGCAUUUUAUUGCCUCAAAUGGAAGAGUGCGAUGUCUUUGUCUUCCAAUCCCCGUCGCUGAAAGGGUUGAGCCUGGAAUUUUCGAUAUACCCCAAUUUCGGCACUAAAACGAUUGGGCGUGCAAUCGCUCAUCCAUCGGUUUUGCAAGGCUGCGAUGGCGUAUCAGAUGUCACGCUUCCCAUCCUUGACACUCGUCUUCAUAGUAUCGGAGAAGUUACUGUCUCAAUCAAUGUCAUAACACCAUUUCAAGGUGUUACGUUGGAGGUGGGCGGAGCGGUGGAAACCUACUGGAAAUCGAUGGCAAUACCCAGAGGCACGCCUUCCAAUUCGCAAACAUCAUUGCCGUGGCAGCAAUCUCCCGGCUCACUGGAUUCGACAUAUACGUCACCCUCGAUACAUUCCAACGCCACCUCCCCGUUGCAUACAUUAACCUUAUCAUCAUUGAUCGGGAGUCACGUGCAUAUCACCGUGCAAGUCACGCGCGACCUGCAUCCUGUGAUAUUCGGUGACUAUCUUCUACCGGAGGCCUCUUUUGACCUUGGUGUUUCCGAUGUCAAUAUAGAACAGUUCCAGGCUCUGGCACGUCGAUUGAAGCGCGAUGAUAAGUCGCUUAGAAAAGCAGUAUCUGCGCAAGAAUGGUCCAGAAUGCUGUCACACAAUAUGAUUACCCUUGCGGAUGCAAUGCAGGUUUGGGCUCAAUCUUGUGGUGUCCGAUCGUUUCUUUGAAGUAAUUUGCUUUGCAGGUUCUUCCUACGCAGCUCGGCCUUACGUUAGAGUUGGCACUGCCUGCCGAGCGUCGAGACCGUGGUUCCAUAAGAUGCC